AUGCGAUUCGAGCUUUUGCUCUUUCUUAGCUUGGCUUGCCUUGCGUUCACAGCGCAGACAGCUCCGGCCUCAGCCAAAGACGCGCUACAGGAGCAAAAGCAUAAGCAGCGCGACAGCGAGCCUCACAAGCACAAACCGAAGUCUGGACCACGUCUUCACCGACAUCCUAAGCAGCAUCACUACAAGUCUUCCCAUCUUGGCCAUGGCAACAACCUUAAAUACACCAGAGGUCUGACGAGUUAUAGUGUGGAAGUGGUGCAAGAUACCAAAACGUUAUUUGUUCCAGAACAUGAAUCCAAACUUCGAGCCAAAAUCGAUGCUAUAGAGAAAACAUCCCUCGAAAAAGAGAAACUGAAGCAACACGAGAUCGAGCGCGCAGAUAUCAUUGAAACUGCCAAGCAUGGCGCAGUACCUCCGAAGUUCCCACUGGUCACCAGAAUUAGCAGCUUUAUCGGUAUCGUUGCAGCAAUCGCCAACGUCGCUAACUUCAUUUUCGCGGUCAAGACUACUGCUUUAGCAACGAAACAAUUCUCCGCGCCCCCAACUCCGCCUACCUUCAUUGAUACGGCUGGACGCUGGGAUGGCCAGCAGUAUCAGCUGAUGCCUUUGCCUCAAGAACCAGACGAUACAAAGUCUGCUAGGAAGAAACGCAGUCUGCCAGAUGAGUGUGCAACUGUGCCUCCGGCUCACAAGCGCAUGGUCAAACGCAAACGACCCCAUCACACGGAACAGUCCCAAAAGCUCGAUGAGGCUCAGCACGAUCCGAAGCUGUCGAAGAGAUUCGUCACAGCUGCGGGCGUCGGGCUCCUUUUGGGAGGAGCCAUCUCACCUGGUAUGCCUUCGCUUGUCAUGGGGUGGAAGCCCGAAGUGGACAAGACUCCUUUCGAUCCUUAUGAUCCUAACGUCCUCAAACCCAAGGAUCCGUUCGCUGUCGCUGCUGCUGAUCCGGAUCAUGCAUUGCCAGCUCUGCCCAUGCGGAAGCCUGCUCCGAGUGGCUCCUCGAACGGACUACCUUCGCUUCGCAACAUCGUCUUCCCCGCAUCAGCUUAUAGCUCUUCUGCUACGAGCAUUUUGCAACAGCAGCAGCAACAGCUUACGGCUGCGACCGCUCAACAAGGCAGUGCCAUCAGCUCCGCGAAUGUGCCUGCCAGGGGAAGUUCGACCGCAUCCGCAUCCGAUGAGGUUCAAACAGUUCUCCGCAAGAGAUCCGUAGAGGCUAAACACAGCACUGAAAUUGAGCACCAAGUGAGGGAGUCAUCAAAACCUCUAGAAAAGCGUUUCUUGUUCGGCAAGGGACCUGUGGGCAAAGUGACAGGCGCUGUAGCCCUUGGCAGUAUACUUUAUGUUCUUUACAAGGGUGUCUCGCACUCAAGAUGGCGACAAGAGAACCCGCGUGACCGCGACAUCCUCAAAGACUUGGAUGACACGCCGAUGUAUGGCGCCGUUGGUGUCCCCAAGCGCAUUCCAGGACAGCUGGCGACGAAAGCUAUGCCAGGGUACAGCGACUACGUUGCCAAGCUUGCUGCUCAACAACAGACACAGCAGCAGGCUGCAAUGCAGCAGCAGCAGUGGCAGCAACUAGCCACUACGCAGGCCCAAGCACGCGAUGCUCUGACCGAACAGGCAAUCGCAGCGCAGUCCAGCAGCGGUGGUGUAGGUGUCGCGGCGGCUGAUGCGGGCAGCAAUGAUCCUGUGCUGCGACGUCGCAGCAGCGAUGCAUCCUCGGCUGUAUCUGCCAAGCCGGUGUUCGGCGACGCAGGCCAGACUCGUCUGGAUAAGCGUGGCGGCAGAGCCGUUCUGAUUGGAGGAGGCCUCACCGUCAUUGGUAUUGCUUUGGGCUAUCUUCAGUCAGCCACCAUGUUCCCGACGGACCGAGACGAAGAAAAAGAUAAGAAGAAACGGGAGCGAAAGAAGCAGCAAGAACAGCAGCUGUUGAUGCAACAGCAACAGGCAUUAGUGCAGGGCCAAGCUGCUCAGUCGGCUGGUAUGGGCUAUGCGCCUUCCGGAGCAUCCGCUCCGCUGGUAUCCUCGUCAGAUGGAGGAGGUAUUGCCUUCCCUAGCAGUGCCUACAGCUCCUCAGGCAGUACUUAUCCUCCUUCCAUGGGAGCAGGCUCCUUCUCCUCCAGUGCUGGUACUGAAUCGUCCACAGGAGGUGCUUCGUCAGCGAGCGCGGCGCUUAACGCUGCUGCUGGCUACUCCUCGGCAGGCGGCAGCGCAAGCGGUAGUGUCCUCAAGAAGCGAGACAUCUCUGGCCAUCCUGAUCAAGAAUCCGAGACUAGAUCGCUGUCGAAGCGAUCACCUGGUGUCGGCUCCUUCCUCUCAAUCGCAGGUACGACCAUGUUCUUCGGCACACUUGCCGGCAACCUUAUCGUGGGCGAAAAGGAAAAGCACAAGCCGGUACCUUACGUAACUCCCAAUGCGGAUACUCGUGGUCCAAUGGUUCCUGGUGGUGAAUUGUACACGCAGUAUCUGCAGUCGAAGAGACCUCCAUCGACAUCUGGCGACGCGUUCGGUGAUGUUGGAGCAAGUCUCGCUACGGGAACGCCAGCGUCAAUCACCGGCCAAAAUAUGGCGCCUGCUUCUGCUCCCGCUUCGAUUUAUGGUCAGACUCCGGUCGUGGGCUCUCAACUUGGCGCUAACACUGGUACUGCCGCUAGUCCCAAUGCUCCUGACGUGGGCAGAGGUGGUGAAGCGGACCCCGUUCUCAAGAAGCGCCAUUCCCCCAGACUCGAAAAGCGUGUGCCUCUGUCAUUCGCAGGAGCCAGGGCAGAGGCGGCUGCUGGAUUGCUCACCAAAGGCGUCCCCAUGGUCGAAGCUGAAGUUGGCGCAGCAUCGGCUCUCAGUAGAAGCGCAGCUUUAUCUGAAGCAGGUGCAGCUUCUCGUUUCGCACCCACCACCCGCUUCAGCAGCUUGUCAGGCGUACGUGGUGGAGCAGCGGCCUCAGAAGCCGGCUUCGCUGGACUCGGUCGAGCCUCUAUGGCUGGUGAGGGUAGUACUGCUGCGAGGAUCUAUCAACCCAACGCAGCGGCUGUAGGAUCUGCUCGACCUGCCAUGCUCUCCGAUCUUGGAGGAGCGUCAGGAAGAGCAGGGACGCCCGCCACUUUCGCAAGGUCCGCAUCAACUCGUCAGCUCAGUCCGGCGGAAAUGCAGGGGCAGCAGCAAAGGGUUGCUGCUGGACAAGCUGCGGACAUGAACCCUGGCGUAAAGGGGAUGUCCGGCCAGGCACCCGAAGAGGCGAAGAAAGGGUGGACGUCGCAGAAAGUUUUGGGCAUUGUCGGCGGUGCUGCUGGCGCCACAAUGCUCUUUCCUGGUGCUGGUUGA